AUGUCUACUGUUAAGAGACGUGGAGUAAAUAAAAAGACUUCUUCUGGUGUGACUCACCAAGAGGAAGAUGAAAUUGAAAAGAAAUCAAUUAUUAGUCAAGUUGAUUCAGAAACUAAAUAUUUUAUUGCUUUAAUUAUUGUAACAAUUUUAGCAAUUUAUACAAGAUUUAAUAAAAUUAGUGUACCUGAUAAAGUUGUAUUUGAUGAAGUUCAUUUUGGUAAAUUUGCUUCAUAUUAUUUAGAAAGAACAUAUUUUUUUGAUUUACAUCCUCCAUUUGCAAAAAUGUUAAUUGCAUUUGUUGGUUGGUUAAUUGGUUAUAAUGGGAAAUUUAAAUUUGAUAAUAUUGGUGAUUCAUAUAUUGAAUAUAGUGUACCAUAUAUUGCUUAUAGAUCACUUUCUGCAAUUCAAGGUACUGCUAUUGUACCAAUUAAUUUUUUAACUUUAAAAAAUUUAGGAUUUUCAAUACCUGCUUGUAUAUUUGGAGCAAUUAUUGUAUGUUUUGAUAAUGCUCAAGUUGCUGAUAGUAGAUUAAUUUUAUUAGAUGCAACAUUAAAUUUAAGUGUUGCAUUAAGUGUAUUUUCUUAUACAAAAUUUUCAACUUAUAGAAAAGCUCCAUUUUCAAAAAAUUGGUGGAUUUGGUUAAUUGCUACUGGUGUUUCACUUUCUUGUGUUAUUUCAACUAAAUAUGUUGGUGUAUUUACUUUUGUAACCGUUGGAAUUGCUGUAAUUCAUGAAUUAUGGAUUUUAUUUGAUAUUAAAAAGGGUUUAACAUUAGGGGAAUUUUCAAAACAUUUCUUUAGUAGAUUCUUUGCAUUAAUUAUUUUACCAUUUACAAUUUAUUUAUUUUGGUUUUAUUUACAUUUUGCAAUUCUUACUAGAUCAGGUCCAGGUGAUGGAUUUAUGUCAGUAGCAUUUCAAGAAACUUUACUUGAAUCUCCAUUAGCUAAAUUUUCCAAACCAAUUCAAUUUUAUGAUACAAUUACAAUUAAACAUAAAGAUACUGAAGCUUUCUUACAUUCUCAUGAAUUUAAUUAUCCAUUACGUUAUGAAGAUGGUAGAGUUUCUUCUGCCAAACAACAAGUUACUUGUGUUCUUGAUGUGAAUGAUGAUAUAGGAUCAGAUGUUAAUAAUCAAUGGAUUAUUGAACCAACUGAUCCAAAUGGUAAAAAGGGUAUUGAUAUUUUUACAAAUGAUAUUGUAAGACUUAAACAUGUUGGAACAAAUGGUUAUUUAUUAGCUCAUGAUGUUGCAUCACCUUUAAAACCAACAAAUGAAGAAUUUAUUGUUAUUCAUGGUGAUGAUAUUAUUAAACAUUAUAAUCAAACAUUAUUUAGAUUAAGAGAUGCAGAAGGUGGAUCAACUAAAAAUAAAAAUAAAAGAAAAUUAAUUAAAACAAAGGCUUCACCAUUAAGAAUUCUUCAUGUUGAUACAGUUGUAGCAAUGUGGACUCAUAAUGAUGAAUUAUUACCAGGUUGGGGAUUUGGACAUCAAGAAGUUAGUGGUAAUAAAAAGAUUCCUGAUAGAGAUAAUGUUUGGGUAAUUGAUGAAAUUGUUGGAUUACCAGCUAGUGAUAAAAGAAAUAAAUUUAUUCCAAAAAAGGUUAAAACUAUGCCAUUUCUUAAAAAAUGGUGGGAAUUACAAGGAUUAAUGUUUCAUCAUAAUAAUAUUUUAUCAUCUGAACAUCCAUUUGCUUCUCAACCAAAUUCAUGGCCAUUAGCAUUAUCAGGUGUUUCAUUUUAUAAUGAUAAUGAAGGUAGAAAACAAAUUUUCUUUACUGGUAAUAUUAUUGGUUAUUGGAUAGAAGUUGCAUGUCUUGCAAUUUAUGUUGGAUUAUUAUUAGCUGAUCAAAUUACUCGUAGACGUGAUAUUUUAAUUUUAAGUGAUCCAGCAAGAUCAAGAUUAUAUAAUACAUUAGGAUUUUUAUUUAUUGGUUGGGGUUCACAUUAUUUCCCAUUCUUUUUAAUGAAUCGUCAAAAAUUCGUUCAUCAUUAUUUACCAGCACAUUUAAUUGCUGCAUUAUUUUCAGGUGCAUUAAUUGAAUUUAUUUGUUCAAAUAAUACAAGAAUUAAUGAUGGCUCACCAAAGGGAGUUAGAAAAAUUAAGAUUUCCAUUGUUGUUGCCCUUUUAUCAAGUGGUAUAAUUUGGUUUUUCUUUUAUUUCAGACCAUUAACUUAUGGUGAUGUUUCCUUAACUGUUGAAGAAGUCAAGGCCAGACAAUGGUUUGAUAUUAAGUUACAUUACGCCAAAUAA